AUGCUUCACUUCAAUGCUCCCUCACCCCCUUUCAACCCCCCCAAUAGGUCGCACUACUAUGUCCAGUUGAACGGCGUAUCAGUGGGAGGGCAGCGCCUGCCAGGCGUUGACCAGCCGGCCUUCUCCUCGCAGCAGGACGUGUUUGGCUGCUCACACCCUCCCCCCCACCCUCCUCUUGUUCCCAACCCCUCCUCUUGCCCUUCGUCCCCCAACCCCAGAUCACAUUAUUAUGUCCAGUUGAACGGCAUCUCAGUGGGGGGGCAGCGCCUGCCAGGCAUCGACCAGUCGUCCUUCUCCCCGCAGCCGGACGUGUUUGGCGGCUCGGGCAGCCUGCAGGCGGGAGGGGUGAUCAUAGACAGCGGCACCACCCUCGCCAUGUUCCCCACUCCGAUUUACAACACGUGGCUGGACGCGGUUACUUCUCUCAUCACCUUGCCCCAAGUGGGCGCCACGUCAGACUUCCUCUGCUACGACUUUGGCUCCAACAAGUAUGAGGAACUUUCCAAGUACUUUCCGACGGUGACUCUGCAUUUCGAGGGGGCAGACAUGACCGUUGAACCCCCCGGCUAUGUCUUCCUGCACUCAAAUUACAUGACCAUCGUCCCUCGCGGCUAUGACUUCCUGCGUUUUAAUGGGGUGGUCAUGGCUGCGUGCAUAGGAUGGCAACCCAUGCUUGGAGGAGACUUUUCCAAGAUAACUGUCAUUGGAGACAUAGUCCUGCGCAACCAUCUCGUUGUGUAUGACACGGAUAACAUGAAGCUCGGAUGGGCUCCCUACGACUGUUCCGUGGGAACGAUCACAGCCGAUGGAGGGGAAUACAACGUCACCAUUAUUGUGGGAGCCAAUCUCUCCCCGCCGCCACCGGUCAAGUCGUCCGCCUCUGCGGCUCGGCGCCCCACUUUCAUGCUCUCGCUACUAGCGGCUGCGCUAGCAUCUGCAGUGCUUUUCCUCGGCGCUGGUGGAGAGGGCUCUCUCUCGCUUCUCCGCAUCUCUCCGCCAAGCGUAUCCUCCGUCCCGCAAUUUUUUUCCCACAUGGAUGAGUCGGAUUUUCUUAAAGCCCUGGCGCUUUACCCAGUAGUUCGCUCGCGUGACUACAACGAAAACGAUCUCCCGGCCACCGCUGCUGCUGCUUCCUCCCACGCAUCUGAAUCCCAGCGCGGUAAUCCCAAGCAAGUCAGUUUACUUGCAGAGGGAGUUUCCGGGCAGCAACCCGAGACAGGUGAAGCGAAUCUAGGGCUUGGGGGAACGGCUCCUACUCCUUCUAGGUCGUUUUGGGAAGUGCUGCAGGAGCGAGUGGCGGCGCACUUGCCGCCGGGAGAUGCGGUGGCGCUUUGCAACGCGUUGAAAGAGUUUCACGAGGAGCUUAUUCAGCAGAGAUUGUCGCUGGAUGACAUUAGGAGGAUUGCUAAGCAUGGGAAGCUGCUGGAAGUGAAGUGA